GACCAACGAGAAUUUUUAACAUCUCAAACGUCUGUUGAACUGAAACUGAAUAUUUGUGAUCUGAUUAUGCUGGCAGCCAGUUUGCCAAAUCUAGUAAAGAAUCAGAUGCUUUUUUCAGCAUGUACAUACAUGCUUUAAUCACAUCUGUCUGGGGUUAUCCAGUGUCGAUGUAGAUUAGCUGGCUCGAGGUUCAUGUGCACAGAAGGCUCAGGAUGAUCUCGGUGUUUUUGCCCUGAUUCAAAUGAAGAUCGGAAAGGUCCACGAACUGGGAUUGAGUCGCUCGAAACUCAACCGCACCGGGUGUGUCAAGCGCUGGCUUUCAUGCCUUUUUUUUUUCUCAGAGUAAUUUCCGAUCCGAUACUUCUCUAGUCUGAAACUUCCGUCUUUCAGCAUAUAGUGAAAUCCUCUGGCGCUGAACACGUUGCUAUCAUAUGAGACAAAGUACUCCAGUUUUUUUUUUAAUCAAGAGCUCUUAAAAGCGAUCAGAUGAUGUCAAGCACAAAUGGCUCAUUGCUGUGCCGUCUGGGUGUAGUAGUGACUUUGGCAGUUGUCAUCUCUAUGAGCAUCAUGUUUUCCCGGUUCUCACCUUCACACAACUGUCCACCGCCACUUCCUAAACCCAAACUAAACUCAGAACAAAACUGUGCCAAGAGCAACAACUCUGUAACUGAAAAAGCAGAGGAGAAACCUAUAGUUCUGUUAUGGGUUUGGCCUGAAAGUUAUAGGUUUGAUUUCAGUGACUGCAAAAAGUUUUACAAUAUUGAUAAUUGUCAUCUGACGGAUGAUAGAGCUCUGUACAACGAUGCAGAUAAUGUCAUCGUUUAUCACAGAGGCAUCAGCUGGGAUCUGUCCAACCUUCCUCCGUCUCCUCGUCCUCCGUUCCAGAGGUGGAUUUGGUUGCAUUUGGAAUCGCCAACCAACACCAAAAGGAUCCCAGGUCUGGAAAACCUGUUCAAUCUCACGCUCAGCUACAGACAGGACGCUGAUAUUCCUGUACGGAUGCGCUUGAUGACCAGGAAGAAACCUAAUGAGGAUUUUGUGAUUCCCAAAAAGGACAAACUGGUGUGUUGGAUUGUAAGUAACAACGAUCCCUCAACUGGUGUCGACACAAGGAAUGUUUUUUACAGAGAAUUCAGGAAAUACAUACAAGUGACUUUGUUCGGAAGGGCUUAUGCAAGGUUCCUGGAUUAUAAUGAUUACUAUCCAACCCUGGCUAGCUGCAAAUUUUACCUUGCCUUUGAGAACUCCAUCCACAAGGACUACAUCACUGAGAAGAUAAACGGGCCGCUCGCAGCAGGUACCGUCCCUGUGGUGUUGGGUCCUCCGAGAAGAAACUAUGAAAACUUUGUUCCUGCCGAGUCCUUCAUUCAUGUCAGUGACUUCCCUGAUGUAAAGUCACUAGCCGAAUAUCUGCUUCAGCUGGACAAGGAUGAAGAUGCAUAUCGCAAGUACUUUAACUGGAGGAAACAUCUCACUCCAAGUCCUCAUUUAAUAUUACAGACACAAGAGUUUAUUCUGGCUAUUUGCACUGCCUGUGACCAUGUAGCACGACACAAGGAAUAUAAAGAAGCUCAUGAUCUCUAUGAUUGGUACUUCAGUUAAAGUUACCUCAGGUUUUGGAGUUUGAACAAAUAGUGAUU